AUGGAGCAGCCCGAAUCGAAUCCAACAUUUUGUACAAAUAAUUGUGGAUUUUAUGGUUCAUCACAGUUUGAAGGAAUGUGCUCAAAAUGUUAUCGUGAGCAGGUCGAUCGUUCAUAUCAUACUGGUCCAGCAAAUUCAUGUACUAGUUAUUAUUCAUCUUCCAAUACAUCUUUGCCACCUCAAAGUCUCCUUCAAAAUGAAGAUGUUAUGGAACAUGAAAUUCAUCCAAUUGAACAUGAUAACAGUAAAGAACAAUUAGACGAAGAAAAUGAUACUAGUCUUCUACAUCAUGUUGCAUCAGCACCUACAAUAUCAAGUACUACAAUAAAUCUACCUACGACUAUUGUAGAAACACACUCCCUAACUGCCUCUCCUACAAAUUCAUCCAGUCCGGAUAAGAAAAAACGCAAUCGAUGUACAUGGGAAACUUGUAAUAAAAAACUUGGAUUAACUGGUUUUGAUUGCCGUUGUGGUGGUCAAUUCUGUUCGUUACAUCGUUAUGCAAAUGAACAUAAUUGUACAUUUGAUUAUAAAGAACAUGGUCAAAAUGAAAUAAGAAAAAAUAUGCCUGUUGUACAAGCUGAACGUGUUCGAAGAAUUUAA